UUAAAGCAAACUAGAUUUGUUCUAUUCUCGUUUGCACUCAACUUGUAACUGCGUUAUGCUCUUUUUUCGCAACUAAAAUUGCUUUGUUUUUUUUCUUUUUGCAUUUGUCUACAAGCGUACUUUCUAUAGAUUUUCUGAAACAGGAAAUGUUUUAUUUUUCACAUGGGUUAGCAUAAGCAUAAACAGUACAUUUUUGCCUGCACCACAUUUUAUUAUUUACCAUGAAAACAUCGUAUGGAAAAUACCAUUACGAUGACGGCUCAAUAUACAUAGGGCAGUUUGACUCGCGUGGCAUUAGACAUGGUUUGGGCAAGCUGGAUUUCGGAGACAGUAAGAGGUCACUGUACGAAGGGGAGUUCAAGAAUGGGUUUUCAGAUGGACUGGGCAACUUGAAGACGCCCUACUUUGUGCUUCAAGGUCAAUUUAAAGAGGGGAAACUAGACGGACUUGGUCGUUCGGUGCGUUGCGAUGGUCUGCGCUACGAAGGAGAGUUCCGAAACGGAGAAAUGAAAGGACUCGGAAUCCUGACAUUCCCCGACGGGACACACGGGACGCCAACAUGCGAAGGACUGUUUGACGGAUUGCGAGUCGUGUCUCGGAAAAAUGCGCGAGAUGUUGUGAUGGAAGCUGUGCAAGUAGCAAAUGCUGCUUCGAUGAUUCGAGCAAUGUGAUUGGUCGAAACUCAUUUUCAAUUGGUAGAUCAAUUUGAUUGGUUGAUGUUUUAGUUUUUAGUGUGGCUUUAUUUCCUAAAAUUCAAUACAUAUCGGGAGAUUUUCGCUGUGUACAAAACAUUCAGUGCUGAUUAGUCGAACUGAUAGUUUUGCCGUCUUUUCUG